AUGACUUCUGUAGGUGUGUUUAGUGACAUGCUUAGCAGGUCCGAGAAGGAUGGGCCGGUGCCAAAGGCCAAGCCCAGGGAUGUUUCGGAUUUUUCCCUUUAUGCCCUUGCAACCAAGCCCUGCUGCUCCAGCACAUAUAAGAGACCCGGGCCGGGGUUGCGGCACUCACCGGCCUGGCCUCUCUCUCGCUUCUCUGACAACUCCGAGCUCACUCUCCUCUCUCCAGCCAUGAUCGCCAGACAGCAGUGUGUCCGAGGCGGCUCCCGGGGCUUUAGCUGUGGCUCGGCCGUCGUAGGUGGAGGCAAGAGGGCAGCUUUCAGCUCGGUCUCUGUGUCCGGGGGCGCGGGCCGCUGCUCCUCCGGGGGCUUCGGCAGCAGGAGCCUCUACAACCUCGGUGGGAACAAGAGCAUCUCCAUCAGCGUGGCCGGGGCCCAGCAAGGCGCAGGCUUCGGGGGUGCGGCAGGUUUUGGGGCUGGUGGCUUUGGUGCUGGUUUCGGUGCCGGCAGCUAUGGUGGUGGUUUUGGGAGCUCCUUCAGUGCACGAGGUGGUGCUGGCUUCCCCGUCUGCCCUGCCGGGGGGAUUCAGGAAGUCACCAUCAAUCAGAGUCUGCUGACCCCUCUCCAUGUGGAGAUUGACCCUGAGAUCCAGAAGGUCCGGACGGAGGAGCGGGAGCAGAUCAAGAUCCUCAACAACAAGUUCGCCUCCUUCAUCGACAAGGUGCGGUUCUUAGAACAACAGAACAAGGUCCUGGAGACCAAGUGGAAACUCCUCCAGCAGCAGACGACCACCACGUCCAGCAAAAACCUGGAGCCCUUCUUCGAGGCCUACCUCAGUGCCCUGAGGAAGCAGGUGGACACGUUGGCCAAUGACAAAGGACGCCUGCAGUCUGAGCUGAAGACCAUGCAGGACAGCGUGGAGGACUUUAAGACCAGGUACGAAGAGGAGAUCAACAAGCGCACAGCUGCCGAGAAUGACUUUGUGGUCCUCAAGAAGGACGUGGACGCCGCCUACAUGAACAAGGUGGAGCUGGAGGCCAAGGUGGACGCCCUGAAUGAUGAGAUCAACUUCCUGAGGGCCCUCUACGCUGCGGAGCUGUCCCAAAUGCAGAGCCAUGUCAGCGACACAUCUGUGGUCCUGUCCAUGGACAACAACCGGGACCUGGACCUGGACAGCAUCAUUGCCGAGGUCCGCGCCCAGUACGAGGAGAUCGCCCAGAGAAGCAAGGCGGAGGCCGAGGCCCUGUACCAGAUCAAGGUCCAGCAGCUCCAGACCUCAGUUGACCUACAUGGUGACAACCUCAAGAACACAAAGAAUGAGAUUUCAGAGCUCAACAGGUUGAUUCAGAGGCUGCGGGCCGAGAUCGAGAAUGUCAAGAAGCAGUGCCAGACUCUGCAGGCAUCUGUGGCUGAUGCAGAGCAGCGUGGGGAGCUGGCCCUAAAAGAUGCCCACAGCAAGCGCACAGAGCUGGAGGCCGCCCUGCAGAAGGCCAAGGAGGAGCUGGCCCGGAUGCUGCGCGAGUACCAGGAUCUCUUGAGCGUGAAGCUGGCCCUGGACAUCGAGAUCGCUACCUACCGCAAGCUGCUGGAGGGCGAGGAGUGCCGAAUGUCUGGAGAAUGCCAGAGUGCCGUGAGCAUCUCCGUGGUCAGUGGUGCCACCAGUGCAGGAGGCAUAGGUGGAGGAUUCGGAGCUAGCUCCGGGUUUGGCCUGGGCAGUGGUUUUGGCUCUGGCUCUGGCUCUGGAAGCGGCUUUGGGUUCGGUGUCGGUGGCAGUUCCAGCAGCAAGACCAUCUCCAGCACCACCUUGACCAAGAGAUCCCACCGAUAGAGAAGACGAGGGUCCUGCAGCCCCUGAGCCCAGCCGGGCCCAGCCCUGGUGUCUCUGUGCUUCCUUCCCCCUGCCUCCACCCUCUUUUUCUGGGGCUUCUCUUAGCAGUGUCACCUCAGUGCUGGGGUGUGGACUCUGCCCUCUUGGAGUUUGGUAGCUUCUUCUCGAUUUGGGCUUGGUGACUCCCCUGGAAUGGGAGGGGUGUCAGCUGACUCUUCACCUCCACGGGCAGAGGAGAACACAACCAGGAGCUUCAUCUCCAGAAUUAUCAUGGUCACAAAUGUCCCCUCCCAGCCCAAUGCCGUCUCCUACUAGAUCCUGGAUCUCCCUCUACAUCAGGACCAAACUCCUUCUCCAUCACUUGGCAGCAACCGGCCCUGCAAGGUCAGGACAAGAGCCACUCAGAGUCCCACCAACUCUUCUCCUUCCCUCUGUCUACCUCUGGGUGCAUCUUCAAUA